AUGCUUUCAGAGUGGUGUUGCGGCGAUAGCUGCUACCAAAUCGAAUCCACGGAAACAUUGGGAGGAUAUUGUGAAGUUCUCUGUUGUAUCCGACGAGCCGAGACAUGAUUAGAUGUCGACUCUCGCCGGUGCUGCGCACAGUUGCUAAUUCGAGGUCUUGCUCCCGGACGCCAUCAGAAGAUGCCGAGGAAACGGAGGCCGGAAAGAUCGCCAGUUUCGGCGAAGCUUUCAAGAAGCUGGAAUCAUUCAGAGAAAUCAAUAGUGAACCUAAGAAGGAGAAGGAGCCACCGUUCGCAACUCUGCUGCGGAACUCGAAGUUCGUCAAGCUCGGAAACCCGGAGAAGAAGAUCUUAGUCGGCAAAGUCUACAACGUCUUUGAAAACGAUAUAUAUGUCGAUUUCGGUGGGAAGUUCCCCGCUAUAUGCAAACGGCCCGCAAGAAGCGCAAUAGACAUCGUUCCUGGAACUUUCGUGCGGAUACGUCUCCUCGACAUGGAAAUUGCUUCACGGUUCCUGGGAGCGGAGCAGGACCUUUCUUUAUUGGAAGCGGACGCAACUCUGCUCGGCAUCGCUCAUGGCGCCAAAAAUAUCGAUUUGUGAAACCUUGAGUAGUUAUAGUAAAGAAAUUCAUGGAAACU